AUGGCAGUUCGUCUCGCGAGGUCAUUGGCCGCGUCAUCAACAUCAGGGCCGACGUUACUCUCCGUCGUUAAUCGGAGAUCGGAAAUCGCUUCUCCUGCGAUCGACGGUCGGGAGUUUUCUGAUUUCGGUCGGGCUUUUUAUUCGUCUUCGUCCUCUUGGUGGUCUUCUCCGGAAGAUUUGACGGCGGGAUCGAAGAGACGGGAGAAGAAGAAUACAGAUCGUUUCUCUUCCGUGAUUGACGCAGUCCAUGAUCGGAAACUCCCGCCGGAGCUACGUGGCCGGCGCGAUUUCGUAAGGUCAGAGACUGACAUAAUCAACGUGGUCGAGCAAAGGAUAUGGCAUUCAAUGGAAGAAGGUCAUUUUGAGAAUUUACCCGGUAAAGGCAAACCCUUGAACCUCCACGCAAAUCCUCACGCUGAUCCAGCAGAGGACACAUUGUAUCGGAUUCUUAACAAGAACGGGUUUGCUCCUGAAUGGGUGGAGCUCAACAAAGAGAUAAGAAGCAAAGCAAAGGAAUGGAGAGUUUCACUGAAGAAAGCAUGGACUAUGAAACUCGAGGAAGACCAAUCGGGUUGGGAAGAGAGAUCAGAAUUACUUAAAACACAAUUGAAACAAAUCAACAACAUGGCAAGUUUUUAG